AUGAGACGUGGCAGCACAUGGCUUGGCCUGCUGCUAGUAGUCCUUGUGGCCUACAGCACAUGCAACGGAUGGUCGACGAGCUUUGCUAACGCAACAUCCUUGCCCAAGCUGCCGAAUGUGCGCACACCCCGUGUUCGGGCACAGACGCAACUUGCUGCAGCUCCUUCGCAGCGAGUUGCCUAUGCGGCUGUUGUCCAGGUGCAAGUCAAGGAGGGUGAGGAAGAGAAGUUCCUGGAGGCCUCUCUACAGAACGCGCGAAGCUCCAAGGGCGAACCCUUGAAUCAGCGAUUCGAUGUUCUUCAGCAGCGAGAUUCGCCCAGCAACUUUGCACUGGUCGAGAUCUAUAGGAACGCAGAUGGGCCAACAGGACACAAGGAGACACCGCAUUAUCAGCAAUGGCGUGACGAGGUCGCGGACAUGAUGGCGGUGCCCAGGACGGCGGUCCAGUAUGACACCGUCUUCCCGGGCAAGGUUUCCGAUUACCAUCCGGCAACGCUGAUGCUCCAGAGGGCUCAGGGCGCAGCAGAUGUGGACGUUACGCAUGUCAUUGUCAAGGUGAAGCCUGGAGCUGAGGAGGCAUUCAAGAAGGCCACUCGUGCCAAUGCCUUGGAGUCUGUCAAGGAGUAUGGCAAUCUGCGAUUCGAUGUGCUCCAAAGCGUGGACGACCCGACCAACUUCCUGUUGAUUGAGGUGUACAGGACGGCAGCAGACGCCGUGAAACACAAGAGCACGCAGCAUUACCUUGAAUGGAGGUCCGUUGUGUCAUUCAUGAUGGCUGAGCCGCGGGAAGGCAAGAAAUAUGUCACGCACUUUCCCAAUGUGCCCGCCGCCUGGAAGGUGGCAGAGGGAGUUAUUUGA